CUCAGUAAAAUGGCUGUGUCUCGCGGAGCCUCGUGCUGGUUUGAUCAGUUUCUCGCUCUCAGUCUCGUUCUCUAACAGAAGCCCCCCCACAUUCCGUGUCGGUUAAUUUCAUUCCCGGGAUUUUUAUUUAUUUUUUUCCACUAACUUUUAAUUCGAGUCGGAGCCGGAGUCGGAGCCCGGAUUCGGUCCGGUGUCAGGGGGGAAUGAGUCGGGGACACGGGUAAAUUGUUAUAAACAAUUGUAUUUAUAUUCAAUGCUAUUGAGUGUUUGAUUGUGCCUGACUCGCUGUGAAAGAGAGAGAGAGGGAUCAUGGCCGCUCAGGUCGCCAGCGCCGCCGCUCUGAACACCAGCCCGCCUUCCGAACUGAAAAAAACGGAUCGGGACCCGCAAGAGGAGUCGGUACCGGUGGAAAAGCAGCAAGAAAACAAGGAACCGGGACCGGAAAGCGGAUCCCCGGGCCAGAAAGAUCUGCAGGACGGGGCCGACGCUGGGAAUGCAGGGGGAGGAGGGGAUCCAGAGAUGAAGAACGGCAACGGGAAUCCGUCCAGGGCGAAUAAUAACAACAGCCAGACCGAUUCAGGGGCUCCCGACGGGAAUAACCACCAAGGGAUGGCACACCUUCACCCGGCCGCUUAUCCUCCACCUCCUUACAGCUACAACCCGCACUACAGCCGGGCCCCUUUUCAUCAACAUGGCGGACAACAAAGCCCUGGCAUGGCAGCUGCAGCGGGGCCGGCCGUGCAGCCAGGCGGCAUGAUGGACUCCUACCCAGCCAAUUCGCACGAUCACGGGUUUCCUAACCACCAGUUUAACAACUACAGCCCAUUCCCGAAUCGGACUGUCUACCCUGGCCAAGGAUAUGGUAUGAACUCUCCGCGAAACAGCCAGCCUCCGGCGGCUGGGGGGCAGCCAGCCAAGCAACAGCCAGCGGGAGGAACUACAGCUAUGGCUGCCUCGUACAGUAAUCAGAAUCAGAGGUAUAGCAUGGGCAACCCGCAGCCCACCUCCACACCGACCCUCAACCAGCUUCUAACCUCUCCUAGCUCGACCAGGGGCUACCAGAACUAUCCUCCUAGCGACUACAGCAACCAGGAAGGGGCUAACAAGGGACCAGCAGCAGACAUGGGUAGCAGCAACCAGUAUGGUGGGGGCCACCAGGGUUGGCAACAAAGGACCCAUCUUCCAUCGCCAAUGAGCCCAGGGAGCACCGGGCAGCCACUCAACAGAAACCAGCCAUCAAGUCCAAUGGACCAGAUGGGAAAAAUGCGAGCCCAGCAAUAUCCUGGAGCGAAUCCAUACUCCCAGCAACCUCAGCAGGGUCCUCCAACUGGACCUCAGCAAGGAACCUCCUAUACGGGUCAGGGAUAUGGACCUCCAGCUCCACAACGCUAUCCUAUUGGCAUUCAGAGUCGAGGCCAGGGAGGCAUGGGAAGCAUGCAGUAUAGCCAACAGAUGCCUCCAUAUACACAGCAAGUUCCUUCCGGUUAUGGACAGCAAAGCCAGAGUGGCCCAUACUACAGCCAACAAGUACAGCCUCCACAUGGCCAGCAGCAGUCUCAACCUUCUCCUUACCCUCAGCAACCCCAAGCACAGCCUACUACUCAGACUGCAUUCCCUCAGCAGCACCCCUCUGGGUCAUCUGCUACGCAUGCCCAGUCCCAGUCGCCCUAUUCUCAGCCCCACCAGACAUCUCAGUCACAACCACAGCAGUCUUCAGUUGGGCUGGCUCCACCACAACCACCGUACCAACAAUCUCAGCCUUCACAGGCUAACCAGGCUUCAUAUCCUCAGCAACAACCUCCGCCGCAGCCCCAACAAGGUGCGCCUCCAGCACAUCAGCCACCUCAGUCUGGCUACCCGCAACCACAGCAGCAGUCUCAGACAGGACCUCCUCAACAGCCACCACCACCACAAGGAUCCCAGCAGCCACCACAAUCCCAGCCACCAACUGGACACCCAUCAUCGCAGCAAAGCCAAACUGCACCUUAUUCACAAACUCAGCAGCAGCAAUCAUACCAACGAUUUCCUCCGCCUCCGCAGGAACUGUCUCAGGACUCGUUUGGUUCUCAGUCAAGUACUCCAGCAUCAAAUCCUACAAUGACUUCCAGUAAGAGCACACCAGAGGAUGUGAAUAUGCAGGGCCGGCCUUCCAGUCUGCCGGAUCUGUCUGGCUCAAUUGAUGAUUUGCCUACUGGAACUGAGGGUGCCCUCAGUCCAGGAGUGAGUACUUCAGGCGUGUCUAGUAGCCAGGGAGAGCAGAGCAACCCAGCUCAGUCUCCGUUCUCUCCACAUACCUCCCCUCACCUACCUGGAAUCAGAGGACCCUCUCCUUCACCUGUUGGUUCUCCUGCCAGUGUCAGUCAGCCAAGGUCAGGUCCUUUGUCUCCUGCAGCGGUGCCAGCAGGGAAUCAGAUACCCCCAAGACCACCAAGUGGGCAUUCUGAUGGCAUCUUGCACCCUUCCAUUAACCAGUCUGCAAUGGGCCAAGAUCGAGGAUACAUGCAAAGAAACCCCCAGAUAACCCCAUAUGGCUCUCCACCGUCUGGCUCCGCCUUAUCUCCACGCCAGUCUACUGGAGGCCAGUUGCAUACUGGGAUGGGAGCUUAUCCUCAAAACAACUCCAUGGGGGCAUAUGGGCCUCAGAGUGGCCAGUAUGCCCCUGGGCCACAAGGUUACCCAAGGCAGCCCAAUUAUUCACCUAUGCCCAACUCAAGUUAUCCUGGUCCAGGAAUGACAGGCUCCAUGAACCCCAUGCCUGGACAAGGAGGAGGACCACCCUACACUGGGAUGCCCCCAGGGAGAAUGGGCCCAGGACAAAUGGGUAAUCGACCCUACGGGCCCAACAUGGCCCCAAAUAUGGCUCCUAAUAUGGGGCCUAACAUGGGUAACAUGCCACCACAGGUGGGCUCUGGAAUGUGCCCUCCACCAACGGGGCUCAACAGGAAAGCGCAGGAGGCGGCAGCAGCUGCUAUGCACGCAGCAGCUAACUCUAUACAAAACAGACCUCCUGGUUAUCCAAACAUGAACCAGGGUGGAAUGAUGGGUGCUGGUUCCCCCUAUGGUCAGAGUAUGAACAGCAUGCCUGGAAUGAUGAAUCCACAGGGACCACCUUAUUCCAUGGGUGGGAACAUGGCUAAUAACUCUGGAGGAAUGGCUCCCAGUCCUGAAUUAAUGGGCCUUGCUGAUGUGAAACUGACUCCUGGGCAGAAAAUGAACAACAAAGCAGAUGGAACUACAAAAACUGAGACAAAGUCAAAGAAGUCCAGUUCUUCCACUACAACAAAUGAGAAGAUCACUAAACUAUAUGAGUUGGGGGCAGAGCCAGAGAGGAAACUUUGGGUGGACCGUUACCUGGCUUUUACAGAAGAGAAAGCAAUGGGGAUGACUAAUCUCCCUGCAGUGGGCAGAAAGCCUCUGGAUCUUUUUAGACUCUACAUCUCGGUGAAGGAGAUUGGUGGACUUACCCAGGUAAACAAGAACAAGAAGUGGCGUGAGCUAGCUACCAGUUUGAAUGUGGGAACCUCAAGCAGUGCUGCCAGUUCUCUUAAGAAGCAGUAUAUUCAGUGUCUUUAUGCCUUUGAAUGCAAGAUAGAGCGUGGAGAAGAUCCGCCACCCGAUAUAUUUUCAGCUGCAGAUAAGAAGAAUCAGCCCAAGAUCCAGCCACCAUCACCGGCUGGCUCAGGAUCUCUUCAAGGACCUCAAACUCCCCAGUCCACAAGCAGUUCAAUGGCAGAAGGAGGUGAUCUAAAACCACCAACUCCAGCUCCUACUCCAAUUAAUUUGAUGCAGCCCAUGCCGGGCGUCCGGAGCAGCAUGGUCAAUCUGCAGGAUCCGUUUGCAGAAGGCAGUGAUCCGGCAUUCCAGAGGCGAAGUGCGAUAACUCCAAAUUCUGGUUACCAGCCAGGUAUGGCCAAUCAAGAGAUGAGCCGGAUGCCAUAUGAGCCUAAUAAGGAUCCUUUUGGUGCCAUGCGUAAAGGUGGUGAACAGUUCAUGUCUCCAGGUCAGGGUCCUAACAGUGGCAUAAGUGAGCAGUAUAACAGGGUUCCCUCAGGGUCCAUGGGAAAUAUGUCACUAGGACAGCGGCAGCCAUAUCCUUAUGGGCCAGGGUAUGAUCGAAGACAAGAACCUGGAAUGGGCCCUGAAGGGAGUAUGGGGCCAGGGGGACCACAGCCAAACCUUAUGCCUUCCAAUGCUGACUCUGGGAUGUAUUCGCCAAAUCGCUACCCACCUCAGCAGCAAAGGCACGAUUCCUAUGGUAAUCAGUACCCAGGUCAAGGAGCGCCCCCUGGUGGUCCAUAUACAAAUCAGCAGCCAGGAAUGUAUGCUCAGCAACAACAGAACUAUAAGCGCCCAGUGGAUGGGGGUUAUGGUCCACCUCCCAAGAGACAUGAGAGUGAGAUGUACAAUGUACAAUUUACUGGUGCACAACAGCAGCAGCAGCCCGCAUCGGCACCUCCUGCACAACAAGAAAUGUAUAAUCAAUAUGGAAAUGCCUACCCUGGUGCAGAAAGACGGCCUCCAGGAUCUCAGAACCAAUUCCCUUUCCAGUUUGGCCGAGAUAGAGUACAGGCCACGGCUGGGCCAAACUCCCAGCCUACUGUCCCACCUCCAAUGAUGGGCAGUCCCAUGCAGUCUACGCAAGAUGGUCCUCAAAGCAGUAUGUGGUCAAGUCGGAAUGAAAUGAGCUACAACUUUCCAAACCGGCAGGGUCCUGGGGCGCCAGCACAGGGUCCUGGCUAUCAUAGUAUGAACCGGUCAGAGGAAAUGUUGCCUUCUGACCAAAGGAUGAACCAUGAAGGACAGUGGCCCAGUCAUGUAAACCAGCGCCAACCCCCCUAUGGCCCAUCAGGUCCUGUACCGCCCAUGACCCGACCUUUGCAACCAAACUAUCAGACUACCCCCGCCAUGCAGAACCACAUUCCGCAGGUCUCCAGUCCUGCCCCCAUGCCACGUCCGAUUGAAAAUCGCACAUCUCCAAGCAAAUCGCCUUUUCCACAUUCAGGGAUGAAGAUCCAGAAAGCUGGGCCACCUGUUCAAGCCUCACAUAUCACUCCUGCUCCUGUGCAGCCUCCAUUGAUACGGAGGGAUAUCACCUUUCCUCCUGGAUCUGUGGAGGCAACACAGCCUUUGCUUAAGCCACGACGUCGAUUGACUGCAAAAGAGAUUGGAACCCCAGAGGCCUGGAGAGUGAUGAUGUCUUUAAAGUCUGGUUUGUUGGCUGAGAGCACCUGGGCAUUAGACACAAUUAAUAUUCUACUGUAUGAUGACAACAGUAUUGCUACGUUCAAUCUGUGUCAGUUGCCUGGAUUUUUGGAGCUACUUGUGGAAUACUUUAGGCGUUGCCUCAUUGAAAUUUUUGGCAUUCUGAAGGAGUAUGAGGUAGGGGAUCCUGGCCAGAAGACAUUGCUGGAUCCAGACUGUCUGGAUCAUGAUCGUGCAUCAGGUUCUGAAUAUGAGGAAGAGGAGGAGAUGAUGGAGGAUAUCGAUGAUGAUGAUGAUGAGCAGCAGGCGGUGGAGCAGCAAAUGGAAGUUGAACCACCACAGGAAGAGGUCAAGCUACAAAAAGAGGAGGAGGAGGGGGAGGAGGAGGAGGAGGAGGAGGAGCAGCAAAGCAGUGCUGAGAAUGAGCAGGAAACAGCAACAAAAGAUUCUGAGCCUAGUGGACUUACCCAGGAGUCCAGUAGCGAGCAAAAGCCUAAACAAGCCAGCAAAUUUGACAAACUGCCUAUUAAGAUGGUACGUAAAAAUGACCCUUUUGUGGUUGACUGCUCAGAUAAGCUAGGCAGACCACAAGAAUUUGACAGUGGCUUGGUGCACUGGAGUAUUGGUGGUGGAGAUACAACAGAACACAUUCAAACUCAUUUUGAAAGCAAGACAGGACUACUGUUUUUCCGUAAGAGAACAUCAUUUGUUGCCAAGCUCUUCCCAAGCAAUCAUAAGAAAUCCUCAGUGGUCGAUGGAAUUAGAUCCACUGGGGAAUCUGGAGAUAAAGUAAAAGUUUCCACUGAUCAGCCAACUGGGAAGAGCUUUACAGCCACUAUUGAUGAUGUGCUCUCGGCUCGUCCUGGGUCUGUGACGGAAGAAGCAGUGAGAGGGGUUCCAGAGGGCCACAAAGAAAAUAGUAAGUUUCCAUUUAGCAUGAACCCUAGUCAGAAUCACCACAACAUCAAAAUUCUUGAAGAUGAACCUCAUAGCAAGGAUGAAACUCCACUAAGCACCAUUGCUGAUUGGCAGGACUCAUUAGCCAAACGUUGCAUAUGUGUCUCCAAUAUCAUUCGCAGCCUCUCUUUUGUGCCUGGCAAUGAUUUAGAGAUGUCAAAACACCCAGGCCUCCUCCUGAUUCUUGGUCGACUUAUCCUACUACAUCAUGAACACCCUGAACGUAAACAAGCUCCACUCACCUAUGAAAAGGAAGAGGAGGAGGAUGAGGGUGUGAGUUGUGAUAAAGACGAGUGGUGGUGGGACUGCCUAGAAAUGCUGCGAGAAAACACAUUGGUCACCCUGGCUAACAUUUCAGGCCAGUUGGACCUUUCAUUGUACCCAGAGAGCAUCUGUUUACCUAUCCUGGAUGGUUUGCUCCACUGGGCAGUUUGCCCAUCUGCUGAAGCUCAGGACCCCUUUCCCACGCUUGGGGUUAAUGGUGUACUCUCCCCUCAGAGACUUGUCUUGGAAACGCUGAGUAAGCUCAGCAUCCAGGACAACAACGUGGACCUCAUCUUGGCCACUCCACCUUUCAGUCGGCUUGAGAAGCUCUAUGGUACUCUUGUUCGCCUGGUGGGCGAGAGGAAGAUCCCUGUGUGCCGGGAGAUGGCCGUUGUGCUCCUUGCCAACCUGGCUCAAGGUGACAGCUUAGCAGCCAGAGCUAUAGCUGUUCAAAAGGGGAGUAUUGGCAACUUGCUGGGCUUCCUGGAGGACAGCCUGGCAGCCACCCAGUUCCAGCAAAGUCAGCCUAGUCUCCUUCACAUGCAGACACCCCCUUUUGAACCCACGAGUGUGGACAUGAUGCGCCGGGCAGCCAGAGCACUCCAUGCCAUGGCCAAAGUGGAGGAAAAUCACUCAGAGUUCACGUUAUACGAGUCGCGGCUUUUGGACAUUUCAGUGUCUCCCCUCAUGAACUCUCUGGUGUCCCACGUAAUUUGUGAUGUACUGUUUUUAAUUGGCCAGUCAUGACAGCCGUGGGAUACUCUUCUGAUUCCCUUUUGUGUGUCUGUUGCGCGUGAGUGGAGAAAACUUAGAGAAAACUGACUGUUUUUGUCCUUUUUAUUUAUGCAAAAACACCUCGGAUUCCACUGUCUGCCCUCACCCUGCUUCUCACAACGGAAGGAUAUCAUGAAGUAGUUGUGGUUUUUAAAAAUUAUAAAAAAUGAGUAAGAUACGGAUUGAAAUCUUGUUCUAGGAGAGUGUUUGCUGCCUAAUGGGAACUUUUUUAAUAAAAAAAAAAAAACAAAAAAAAC